CCUUACAUGUGCUUGAGAGAAAUAAAGAUCGCGUCUUCUCAGGAUUCYGCCAUAUCUUUGGAAAAAAAAUUACMAAAACCCACAGCACCAAAAAUCUAUCAUGAAGACCACAAUGAAAGCAGUAGCGACGAUGUUGAUCGCCCUCGGUGCCGCCACUGGGGCCGAAGCAUCAUCGGCUUUCACGCGCAUCUCCACCUUUCACAUCUGUAAACAGAUCGACCCGACCUGCAACACGGACGAUCAAACCAAUGCCGAAACCAUCUGGUACUACGGCUCCGGAUCCGACCUACACYUAGUCUACACCGAUUCCGAAUCGGAAAACCUUGGCUUUGUAGACAUCUCAAAUCCUUCAUCCCCAGCCGCCGAUGGGAUCGUGCCUCUAGGUGGGGAACCGACCACCGUCCGUGUGAUUGGAGACUAUGGUGCGUAGAUGUAUUUUUUCAUACAUAUGUUUCUGUUCAUAUGUGCUUGCAUGUAUUUUAUGUUGCAUAAUGAAAAUGAUUGUAGUCUUUGAUGUCUUGCCUUAUUAUUCCACGAUAAGAUCUCACCGCCUAGUUUUAUCCGUGUUCUUUUUUAUCAUCGCUAUUCUCAAUAUCUACGGGUGUGACAAUUCAAAUACAACCCAUGUGGUCGCAGCCGUCGUGGGCGUCAACACCAGUCCUGAUUUUGUCAAUCCCACCGGAAAACUCGCCGUUGUCGAUUUGGAAAGCAAGACCAUUGUCCACGAGAUCGAGCUUCCAGGACAGCCGGAUGCCGUAUCAGUUUCCUCGAACUGGAAAGAUAACGAUGGGUCCCCACUUUACAUCGCUGUUGCCAUCGAAAACGAGCGCGAUGAAGACCUUGGUGAUGGAGUCCCACCCCAGCUCCCUGCAGGACUUGUUUCUAUUAUCACAGUAACUGACCUURCGUCCCCCGAAUCCUGGACGACGGUUGAUGUCCCCAUGGCAAACGAUCCCAGCGUUGUUGGAGCGUGCUUGUAUCCAGAUGAUCCCGAACCUGAAUACGUAGCCAUUCACCCCGACAACACGAAGGUCGUUGUUUCUCUGCAAGAAAACAAUUGUAACGUUGUCAUUGACCUCGCGAGUGCAAGCAUCACCGCCGCUUUUGAUGCGGGAUCUGUGACUCUAGAUUCUAUCGAUACUACGGAAGAUGGCCUCAUUCUACAGGGCAAGCCUUCGUUGUCAAUCGAGCGUGCAGGAGAGGAUGUGCAGGAACACGAGUUGCUCCGAGAGCCCGACGGUAUCGCUUGGAUCGGAAGCAGUGAUUACUUUGCAACAGCCAACGAGGGAGAUCUUGACGGAGGCUCCCGUGGCUGGUCCAUCGUCGAUUCUACCUCCGGCGAGGUCGUGUACGACUCUGGACUCGAAAUGGAGUGGGAGACUGCCCGCGUGGGCCAUUACCCCGACGAGCGUUCUGGUAACAAAGGCAACGAACCCGAAAACGUGUUCUAUUCGGCCUUCGGAGAAAAGGAAUAUGUCUUCGUCCUAUCGGAACGAUCCAGUGUUGUUUUCGUGUACCUGAUGAAUGGUCCUACCGAACCGGAAUUGGUUCAAAUCCUUCCAGUGGGAACCGGCCCUGAAGGUAUCACAACUAUCCCCUCGCAGAAUCUUGUGGCCAUCGCCUCGGAAGUUGACGAGCGUGGCGACAAGAUUCGAUCCUCGAUUACUAUUUUCGAGCUGACCGAUGGAGCCACCCCCGAAUACCCCACCCUCGUCUCUGCUUCAAAGGGUAAUAGUCCAUCUAUUCCUUUUGCGGCACUCUCGGGAUUGGCCGCCGAUCUCACGAACGAGAACAUUUUGUACACGAUCGAGGAUUCCUUUUACAACAAGAACCGCAUUAUGACCAUCGACACGUCUUCAUUUCCCGCUGUCGUCACUACCGAGCAACGAAUCAUGGAUUCCGACGGCGUCUUGGCCGAAUGCCUCGCUGGAAACUUCAGCAGCAUGGCUCUACAGGUAGACGUAGCAUCGAUGAUCAACAGCGAAGAUAACACUGUCAACAUCGAUCCCGAGGGCAUUUCUGUUUCGGUAGACGGUGGUUUCUGGAUUGCAUCCGAAGGAAAGGGCACCGUGGGGGACGAGGACAAACCGUUUGCCUUUCCCAACCUCUUGCUCAAGACCACUGAGGAAGCUGUGAUUACUGACUGCUUCUUGCUCCCCGAUGAUGGGUCAUUUGCAGACCAGCUCCGUUUCGGUUUCGAGGGUGUCGCCGAAGACGGGAAAAUGGUUGUUGUGGCUGUUCAGAGGGCCUGGGGAGACGAGCCCAACCCACGACUCGCAAUUUACGAUGUUUCAAACGACUCCUGGAAGUCUGUCUUUUAUCCCUUGGACGAAGCUGAAAGCCAAAACGGAGGAUGGGUCGGUCUGAGCGACAUUUCGUCACUGGGUGACGGCAAGUUCCUCGUUUUGGAACGCGACAACCAGGGCGGUCCCGACGCGGCCAUCAAAAAGAUUUACGAAAUCGACCUGGGCGACUAUUCCAUGGCAGAUGGCGUUACCAUUGAGAAGAAGCUCGUGAAAGAUCUUGUAUCGGAUUUGCUCGCUUCCCAGGGGCAAAUCCUAGAAAAAGUCGAAGGCCUGGCAAUCGCAAAGAACGGAAUGAUGUGGAUCAACACCGACAACGAUGGUGUCGACGACAGCAGCGGCGAAUCACUCUUGAUGAGUGUUGGAAUCUUCGACGAGACUGGCAUGACUAGCAGUAGCGAUAGCGACGUCGAUGACAUCACCACAAGUGGGGCUCAUGCGGGAUUCUCUAUUGCAUUGUUGACUGUGGCAGCAUGCUUAGCACCCGUUCUCAACACACUCGUUGGCCUAUAGAUCAAAAUAGGUUGUGAAAUUGAGUAAGAUUCGUGAUUUUUGGUUCAUUUCUGGAAAAAAAAUAAUAAAGUAAUAAAAUAUGA